CCACAAACGCUGUACGCUCUUUUAUUUUCCGUAAUAUAACCAUCAGAAGUGCAGUUCGAGUCUUCUAAAGGCUGGUGUAAUACGUUAUUCUUUAUAUUCGAAACAACUUGAAAAUAUAAUUUGAUUUUCUACGAUGUCGUGCCAACAAACAGUAUUACUGCACUUUUGCAUAAUAAGAUGACAAGGACACAACAUAAUCUCAACAAAAGCACACGUUAUAAUUGUGAAUAAGUAAACAAAUUGUGGCAUGAAAUAGAACCGACCGAACUAAAUAACACUGUUUCUUCCUGUCGAUGUUCAAAUAAAAUUAAAUAAAAACCCAGUAGAAGGGUUUUCAGCAGGCCUCAUAGAUGACAAUGACAUAUAUCAGUGGGAAGUACUCAUUAUUGGACCUCCAGACACAUUGUAUGAAGGUGGGUUUUUCAAAGCACACUUACAGUUUCCAAAAGAAUAUCCACUUAGGCCACCAAGAAUGAAAUUUAUAACAGAAAUAUGGCAUCCAAACAUCGAGAAGAAUGGUAAUGUAUGCAUAUCGAUUUUGCAUGAACCGGGAGAUGAUAAGUGGGGCUAUGAAAAAGCAUCAGAACGGUGGUUACCAGUUCACACAGUUGAGACUAUUCUCAUAAGUGUUAUUAGUAUGCUUGCAGAUCCUAAUGAUGAAAGUCCUGCUAAUGUGGAUGCUGCCAAAGAGUGGAGGGAAAGUUAUUCAGAAUUCAAGAGAAAGGUGGCAAGGUGUGUCAGAAAAAGCCAAGAGGAAUGUUUGUAGGAGAUGAACAAUUAUUCAAAUGGAAAGACUUAUUUAAUUCUGGGAAGCCAUAAGCACUGUAAGAAAGAAACCGAUGCUCAGCAUUAAGCUAAUAAACAACAGUGCCACUAAAAACGGAUAAAGCCUGACCCAUUCUUAUACAGAAAGAGGGAGGCAGAGUGUGUGUGAAACUAAAAGAUAAAAUCACACACCUCUAUUAAGUUUAUACCACCGCCACUGACGUACCAUCCAUUGAUAGGAAAACAUAAAGGAAAUACAUGCAGCUCACCUUUUACAUAAUAAACAACUAAAAAACUAAUUUACACAUAUACAUAAUGCAAAAAAAUUAUCUGUACGAUUAUUACCUUAAUAUUGAUAGUUAUAACUUAACUUCCCUGUUCCUCCUGCUCAAGAGCUAGCCCCACCCUUUACACCCA